AUGAGCUCAUGAUAGAUUGCAAUCUUGCUCUUUCUUUCUAUCUCUUUCUCUCUCUGUGGACACAAUGCCCAAGCCACAUUGGAAACCGUUGGCGACCAAGUGCUGCCCGGCCGGCGAGCACGCCGUGAUCAGGAGCCUGAGCCUGAGCCGGUGCAGGCCGACGAGGUCGGAGUUCGCGAAGACGGUGGCCGAACUGUCGUCCUUCCGGCGGCUCUCCUACUCGGAUCUGAGCAGCUCGUCGUCGGCUCGGUUCGCGGACGAGUUGUCGUUCGGGUCGGGGCUGUACGGGUUCCAGCUGAACGAGCUGCGGGCGAUCACCCAGAACUUCUGCAGCAGCUUUUUGCUGGGGCAGGGCGGGUUCGGCACCGUCCACAAGGGAUACGUCGACGGCAGCCUGCGCCCGGCGCUCAAGGCUCAGGCCGUCGCCGUUAAGCUCCUGGAUAUCGAAGGACUUCAAGGCCACCGGGAAUGGCUGGCAGAGGUCAUAUUCCUGGGGCAGCUGAGGCAUCCUCAUCUUGUGAAGCUCAUCGGUUACUGUUGUGAAGAUGAAGAGCGGCUCUUGGUAUAUGAGUUCAUGCCUCGAGGCAGUUUGGAGAACCAUCUCUUCAAGAGGCAUGCGACAGCACUGGCUUGGGGGACGAGACUGAAGAUAGCAAUAGGAGCAGCAAAGGGACUGGCCUUCUUGCAUGGUGCCGAGCAGCCUGUCAUAUACAGAGACUUCAAAACUUCCAACAUCUUGCUCGACUCUGAUUUUACAGCAAAACUCUCGGACUUCGGUCUUGCGAAGAUGGGGCCGGAAGGGGAGGAGACUCAUGUGACCACCCGAGUGAUGGGCACCCAAGGCUAUGCAGCCCCUGAGUAUGUCAUGACUGGUCACUUGACUACAAGGAGCGACGUAUACAGCUUCGGCGUUGUGCUGCUAGAGGUGCUGACUGGAAGAAGGUCAAUGGACAGAUCCAGGCCCAAGAGGGAGCAAAACUUGGUAGACUGGGUCCGGCCCUACCUGACCAGCGGCCGGAAGCUGAGGUACAUCAUGGACCCAAAGCUGGCCGGGCAGUACUCCAUCAAAGGUGCCCGUGCGGCCGCAGCAUUGGCGCUCCGGUGCGUGAGCUCGAACCCGAAGGACCGGCCGCGCAUGCCGGCGAUCGUCGAGACCUUGGAGUCACUACAAAACCUCAAGGACAUGGCGGCCCUGCAUGGCGCCUGGGCACCGGCAACUGCUCCAGCAUCAGCCCGGAAUGGUGUCAAUGGCAGAACAAAGAGGGAUAGCUGUGGAGCGGCCCCCAAGAACCAGGCCCCCGUUGCAAGCAAGGGAGACCAUCAGGCAAUAGUGGUCGCCUGAUCUUGACUGAGCCAUGCCUGGUGGCGCCUGUAAGCUUGUUUAGUGUUUCUGUGUUACAACUAGCAGUCCUAGAUGCUGGAUGCAUGUAAAUGAACAAAAUGUACAUAUAUAAAUGGAAA